AUGGAUGGCUAUUUGAUUCCAAGGGGGGCAGUGUCACUUGGAGAACGAGUGGGACUAGGAGGUGGCUGUGAAGAAGCUGAUAGACCAAGAAAUUCCAGCGGACGCAAAUUUCUCCCAAGGGGAAGUAUUUUCCGACUGCUCACAAGGCCAAAUGCAUCGUCAAGCAUGGAUGAGCGGCGGCGGUUAAAGAUGGCACUAGAUGUGGCAAAGGGCAUGAAUUACCUUCACUGCUGCAACCCUCCUAUCGUGCACAGAGACCUCAAAUCUCAAAAUCUUCUUGUCGAUAAGAACUGGGUCGUGAAGGUUUGUGACUUCGGCCUUUCAAAGAUCAAGCAUCAGACGUAUCUCUCGUCAAGGACUGCAGCAGGAACUCCAGAGUGGAUGGCCCCAGAAGUGCUGCGUAAUGAACCUACAAAUGAGAAGAGCGAUGUUUACAGUUUUGGUGUAGUCCUUUGGGAGCUCUCGACAAUGCAACGCCCAUGGAGGGGCUUGAACGCCAUGCAAGUUGUUGGAGCUGUUGGAUUCCAGCAAAGGAGGCUGGAUAUACCAGCAUCAGUUGAUCCUGCUGUUGCAGAAAUCAUCAGAGCUUGCUGGGCAGAGUAUGUCCCAUGA